UCUUAGCAGUGUUUUUUAGUUGUCUUAUUUACAUUGGAGUCCAAAGAUCUGGGCAAUUUAAAUGUAAUUAACUGCGUUGUAACUAAACUGUGGUAAAUAAUAAAAAAAAAUUAAAACAAAGAAGUGCCAUGAUGUAAAAUGUAGAAGAAGAACUAUUACUAGGUCAUUCAUUAAAUAAAAUCUUUUGCAACCAUGUUGCAAACCAUUUUAACUUUAUACAAAAGGUCAGAUAUGCUCUCAUAAUUCUCAUAUCAUGCUGUGAUAACAUUGAUCUUCCAGUUUUGCACACUUGUAGAGUCCAUGUCAGCUCGAGUGCAUGCUGUCAUUCUAAACAAAAGGGGACCAGAACAAAUAUUAAGAAAUUCUGAAAUGUAUGCAAAUUUUUCAGUUCAGCUUUUCAAUCAAAUUGUUAUGCUCAUGUUAUAAUUUAUAAUUAUUAAAAAAUAUAAAGAAUUAGCACUAUCUACCAGACCUGGAGUCGCAAAUUCAAAUCAGUCAAGCUUCCUAAGCAACCAGUUGGCCCAGUUUCUAGGGUGGGUAGAGAUUUAUGUUGGAUUAACCUCCUUGUGAUCACUAUAAUGUGGUUCUCGCAUGGUGUGCGUGGAUGCCGCGGAGAAUAGAGUGAGUCUCCAUACGUGCUACAUCUCAGCGGUAACACGCUCAACAAGCCACUUGAUAAGAUGCGUGAAUUGACGGUUUCAGACGCGGAGGCAACUGAGAUUCGUCUUCAGCCACCUGGAAUGAGAUCUGCUCUGUGGCAGAGAAGACAGCCAUUGAUAAGAUGAUCGAUUCUGGACCUCAGCUGGCUGGAUCAAUGGAGUACAAUGUGGUUCUGAGUUUGUACAAUCGGGGCUAUAUAUAUCUUGAUGUUCCCAUAUCAGAUGACAGCUGUAUAUCAGUGCCGCCACUUGAGGGGUUCGUCAUGAACAGAGUCCAGGGUGAUUAUUUCGAAACGCUUCUCUACAAAAUCUUUGUUUCCAUCGAUGAGCAAACUAAUGUGUCUGAGCUGGCUAAUGUACUGGAGAUUGACUUGGGCCUGGUGAAGAAUGCAGUGUCCAUGUAUUGCCGCCUGGGGUUCGCUAUCAAAAAGGGUCAGGUGAUCAGCCCAGACCAGCUGCACCCCUCGUGGAAGAGUACCCCUUCGGUCAAUAGACUCAAGAGCACUAUGGACCCCCAGAAGAUGCUGUUAUCAUGGGAGGGUGGCAGUCCGGUGAUGGAAGCAGGUUCCUCAGCCACUGAUACAGAUACCACUAGCCUGGAGGACCAGGACACCGCUAGUGUGAGCAGUCUAAGUAUUCCGGCGGCCCCUACUAAGAGGAUCGCCUUCCUGUUUGACUCCACCCUCACCGCAUUUCUUAUGAUGGGCAACCUCUCCCCUAACUUGAAGAGCCAUGCAGUCACGAUGUUUGAGGUGGGGAAGUUGUCUGAUGAGACCCUGGACAGUUUUCUCAUGGAAUUGGAGAAGGUGGAGAGCACUGCAGAAGGUGAGGCUCAGAGAUAUUUUGACCAUGCGCUGACCCUCAGGAACACAAUACUUUUUCUGCGCUACAACAAAGAUCUCACCACUAACCAGGGCUCUGAUGUACCAAAUAUAGGCCUGCCUCUGGACCUCCUCCGCUGUGAAAGCCUGUUGGGAUUGGACCCUGCCACCUGCAGCCGUGUGUUGAACAAGAACUACAAACUGCUCGUUUCCAUGGCUCCACUCAGCAAUGAGAUCCGACCAAUCAGCAGCUGCACGCCUCAGCACAUUGGCCCAGCCAUUCCUGAGGUGAGCUCCAUCUGGUUCAAACUGUACCUGUAUCAUGUCACUGGUCAAGGGCCUCCUUCACUGCUGCUCUCCAAGGGCUCCAGGCUUCGCAAGCUGCCGGAGAUCUUUCAGGCCUAUGACAGGCUGCUUAUUACAUCAUGGGGUCAUGACCCAGGGGUUGUCUUGACAUCCAACGUGCUAACAAUGCUGAAUGAUGCCCUUACCCACUCUGCUGUACUCAUUCAGGGUCAUGGAAUGCAUGGACAUGGUGAAACUGUCCAUGUCCCCUUCCCAUUUGACGAGGAAGACCUUAAAGCAGAGUUCUCGUAUUCCAAUAUGUGUGCACACAAAGCCCUUAAGAUCCUGUGGGACAAAGUGGAUCUGGAGCACCAGUGUGGCUACAUCACCAUGCUCAACCAGAACAACAAACAUCGAAGACGACCCAGUGACGCCAAUGGAGACCCCGAGCUUAGUGGAGUGCUUGAUGUCAAUGGAAGCAAUGAAUCUUUCGAGCUGGUUACAGAGGAGAAUAAUGGAGAUGGCAUUAAAAAACAGGGAACAGAAGGGUUGUCCAGUGAGGAUGAGUGGGUUCCUCUGGAACUGUGCUUUGGAAUGCCUCUCUUCAGCUCUGAGCUUAACCGCAAAGUGUGUCAGAGGAUCGUCUCCCACAAACUCUGCAGCAAAGACAGUCUUCAAGGGUUACUACAUUCCAGUCGAAAACUGGCAUUAAGAGUUCUCACUUUUGUCCAAUCUUUCCAGGACAGCAAACAGCCUGCAGACCCUGACAGUGGGGUUUCAGGUCCCCUGAGUCAACCUCCGUCAGAGACUGGCGUACCCCUUCCUGCAACCAACCUGCUCUUCAAAGACGGCGAGCUGAAGGAAUGGAGCGGGCGAGCGCCGCCCGCCCUACACAUCUCUGCCCCACAGAGAGAUCAACCCACAUAAAAUAUCAUCCUCAAAAUCACAGCAUUCAGCCCCACACCAUAUUCCACUCACUUCUGAUUGUGUAUGUCAUGGGUUACUUAAUCACAGCCAUCAAGUGGAUGCAAGCGUCCAGAGAUCAAGAAUCAAGAGUAGCACUUAUAGUCCUGAUUCACUGAGACAGGUUCUAUCGUUUUUCCUAACUUCCCACUCUUUCAUUCAUCAGAUAUCACUUUACUUAAAGUACAAAAUGGUUCAUUAUAAAUAGAAAAAUAUUUACAAAAAGAUAUCCCAUAGUGACCUUUUAAUGUGUAUAUAGACUUUGCUUGAGAGAACAUCCAAGGACCAAUCCUGUGGUUGGAUGAUGUCACCCAGGUCUUCUGUAUAUGAAUCUUAGCCUACUUGUAUUGUCAUGUUUUGUGACCUGAUGCAUGAUUUCAUUGCACAAAAUCUAAAAAAGUAAUAAUACUUGACUGAAUCAGUUUGAAAAUAUGAAUUUCAGGUUUACUUUUGCACAAAGCCUGUGGAUGACUUUCAGGUUUAUUCUUUUUUUUUUUUUAAUUAAGUAAGUGUAAUCAGGCCAUGUCCACACUAAUACAUUUUUGGUUAAAAACGCAUUUAUUUAGCUGUUUACACGUUUAUACUUAUGAAAGCACUCAUUAGUACUGCAUAUUUGGGAAAACUAUGACUUUAGGAAACUAAAUCAUAUUUGUGUGGACGUGGCCUUAGUUAUUGGGUCGUAUUCCAGCUGGAAAACAUGUCUGUCUCAUUUCUGCUAAGCAGAGGAGCAUUUCUGCUUCUCUGAGACCAAAGACCAAAUUUUUUGGUUGUUUUUCUAGUUGAUUUUAACCAUUAUUUUACUUCUUUGCAGCCUUAUUUGCUUUGUGCCCAGUUUACUGCUGUAUCACUGAAUACAUUCAUUACACUAGUGUGACGCUAAUUUACUUGGCCAGUUUAAAGAGUUCACGCUUGGAUUAACAGCAGUUAUACACAAUUUUACAAUAAAAGGAUCUCUAGUCAAAAGGGUACGACGGCAUGGGCACAGCCACACACAAACCUGCAAGUAGUGACAACAAGGUCACCUAUUCUCCAUCAGUACCUAGAUGUGUUGAAUAUCAGUAUCAUUUUAUAGUUUAUUGUGAGAAUUUGCAGUACUACAGCAUUAAACAAUGAUCCUUCAGUGGCCUGAUAUUUUUCCUCUUUCCUAUACUGAGGUUGCUGGCAGUGUUUCCCCAAUCAAACCUUGUAGUGUUUUCAAUGAUGAUGGUGAUACUUAUGAUGAAGAAGGAUUAGAGAUCUUGGUGCUGCAUGAUGAGUGUGUAGAGUCGUGUAUUGUGUGCUGUUCUCUCCUCAUCUGUUGUUUUCCCUUCUCCAUUAAAAA